GGGCACGAGCCGGUCCGCCCCCUCCCCACGCGGGGCGCGCGUGCGCCGUUCCGCUGCGGCCCAAGGAGCCGCGAUGGAGGGCGCUCUGACUGUUCGCCAGGCAAUAAAUGCAGGGGAUUCAAGCUUUGCCCCUGAGCCACAGGAAGAGUUAGAGGAGAAUCCUAGCCCAGUUGCGGAUGAGAAUAACACAGUGUCAGCAAAAAAACAGGGGCCAAAUUUACAUAACUGGAGUGGUGACUGGAGCUUUUGGAUUUCAAGUGCCACCUAUAAAGACAGGAAUGAGGAAUACAAAAGACAGUUCACACACUUACCUGAUACAGAGAAGCUGAUAGCAGAUUAUGCUUGUGCUCUUCAGAGGGACAUUUUGCUUCAGGGACGUCUCUAUCUUUCAGAAAACUGGCUGUGUUUCUAUAGCAACAUCUUCAGAUGGGAAACUACAAUUUGUAUUGCAUUAAAGAACAUAACCUUCAUAACCAAGGAGAAAACUGCUCGACUCAUCCCAAAUGCUAUCCAGAUUGUUACAGAAAGUGAAAAGUUUUUCUUUACAUCUUUUGGUGCCAGAGACAGAAGUUACCUCAGUAUCUUUAGGUUGUGGCAGAAUGUACUAUUAGACAAGAGCUUGACCAGACAGGAAUUCUGGCAGCUGCUCCAGCAGAAUUAUGGUAAUGAGCUAGGCUUAAAUGCUGAAGAGAUGGAAAACUUGUCUUUGUCAAUCGAGGAUACUGUGCAGCCAAGAAGUCCAGGAAGAAGCAGCUUGGAUGAUUGUGGGGCGAGAGAUGAAAAAUUUUCCAAGUCCAUCAGUUUUACACGAGAAUCAGUUAAUCGUGUUUCAGAGACAGAGUCAAUUGAUGGAAAUUCACCGAAAGGGGGGUUAAGGAAAGAGGAACCCCCAAGUGAGAAACAGAUCAAAAAGAGUCCUUUACUAACUUCAGAGAAGAGGUUAAGUAGAGUACCAUCAAAAUCACUGGACUUGAAUAAAAAUGAGUAUCUUUCUCUGGACAAAAGCAGCACUUCAGAUUCUGUUGAUGAAGAAAAUAUGCCUGAGAAAGAUCUUCAUGGAAGACUUUAUAUCAACCGUGUUUUUCAUAUCAGUGCUGAGAGAAUGUUUGAAUUGCUCUUCACCAGUUCACGCUUCAUGCAGAGAUUUGCCGAUUCUAGAAAUAUAAUAGAUGUAGUGUCCACCCCUUGGAAAAUAGAACCUGGAGGUGAUCAACUGAGAACCAUGACCUACACUAUAAUCCUUAAUAAUCCACUUACUGGAAAGUGCACCACUGCCACUGAAAAGCAGACACUGUAUAAAGAAAGUCGGGAAGCACAAUUUUAUUUGGUAGAUUCAGAAGUACUGACACAUGAUGUUCCCUACCAUGAUUACUUCUAUACCCUGAACAGAUACCAUAUCAUCCGAUCCUCAAAACAGAAAUGCCGGCUGAGAGUUUCUACAGAUGUGAAGUACAGAAAACAACCAUGGGCCAUUAUCAAAUCUCUAAUUGAAAAGAAUUCCUGGAGUUCAUUGGAGGACUAUUUCAGACAGCUUGAAUCAAACUUAUUAGCGGAAGAGUCUGUGUUAAAUCAGUCCGUUGAAGACGCUGGAAAACUUAGUGGCUUACGAAGGAGAAGGCGAACAUUCAACCGAACAGCAGAAACAGUUCCUAAACUUUCUUCUCAGCGCUCUUCUGGAGAUGUGGGCUUGGAUGCCAAAGGGGAUAUUUCAGGAAAGAAAAAGGAAAUGGAAAUCUGUAAUACUGCCCUUAUUGUGGUGAUGAGUAUUUUUUUGCUGUUGCUAGUUCUGUUGAAUGUGACGCUGUUUCUGAAGCUGUCGAGGAUAGAAUCUGCUGCUCAGUCCCUUUACCGUCUCCACCUCCAAGAAGAGAAAUCUCUGCAUUUAGCCUCUGGUAUGCUGUCAAGAGCAGAAAGUAUUGAGAAGAACAAAGACCAGGCCCAUCGUUUAAAAGGAGUGCUCCGAGACUCUAUCGUGAUGCUUGAACAGUUAAAGAGCUCACUUGUUAUGCUUCAGAGAACUUUUGAUCUACUAAAUAAAAACAAGACUGGCAUGACUGUCAAAAGCUAGUGAUCUCAAGGCCUGAAACUGUAGAGAUACUUGGAACUAAAAGAAAACGUCUUAAAGAAAACCAGAGGAUGAAGGAUUUUAAUUGUCACAGGAACAUUUCCAUAUUUUCUCAUUAUUGGUACUUUUAAUAUGAACAAUCUUUUUAAUAACAUUAAUGUGAUGACUAGUCUCUGAUGGCCUUAAUGAUCCAUUCUUUCACUUCUUAUACGUAAUUCUAAGCAGUGGAUUUCUCCAGUGGAAUUAUUCUCCAGUGGAUAUUUCAGGUGAAAUAUGUUGUGGACUUGAAUUUCCACAAUACAAAAAGAAAAUGAGACACUCCAAACUGAGUAGUAUGGCCUUGUUUUUACAGUGAGAUUUGAAGUUUGAUGCUUUAUCUGUUAGCACAGAAUCAGUACGUGUUUGACAGGCUGCUUUCCCAGUUGAGAUACACUGAAGAUGCUAAAGAAAAUUUAAGAAUGAACCUCUGUAUCAUUAUGAA